GGGGUGGCCAGGUUCUAUAGGUCACGGAAAAAGCACUUGAUCACCACUCAGACAGAGCACAAAUGUGUUUUGGAUUCCUGCCGUUCACUGGAAGCUGAGGGCUUUCAGGUCACAUACCUCCCGGUGAAGAAGAGUGGGAUCAUCGACCUGAAGGAACUAGAGGCUGCCAUCCAGCCAGAUACCAGCCUGGUCUCAGUCAUGACUGUGAACAAUGAGAUUGGAGUGAAGCAGCCCAUUGCGGAAAUAGGGCGGAUUUGCAGUUCCAGAAAGGUAUAUUUCCAUACUGAUGCAGCCCAGGCUGUUGGAAAAAUCCCACUUGACGUCAAUGACAUGAAAAUUGAUCUCAUGAGCAUCAGUGGUCAUAAAAUCUAUGGUCCCAAAGGGGUUGGUGCCAUCUACAUUCGCCGCCGGCCCCGUGUGCGUGUGGAGGCCCUGCAGAGUGGAGGGGGGCAGGAGCGGGGUAUGCGGUCUGGGACAGUGCCCACACCCUUGGUGGUGGGGCUGGGGGCCGCAUGUGAGGUGGCACAGCAAGAGAUGGAGUACGACCAUAAGUGGAUCUCAAAGUUAGCAGAGCGGCUGACACAGAAGAUAAUGAAGAGCCUUCCGGAUGUGGUGAUGAAUGGGGACCCUGAGCACCAUUACCCAGGCUGUAUCAACCUCUCCUUUGCAUAUGUGGAAGGGGAGAGUCUGCUGAUGGCACUCAAGGAUGUCGCCUUAUCCUCAGGGAGUGCCUGCACCUCUGCAUCCCUGGAGCCCUCUUAUGUCCUUCGAGCAAUUGGCACUGAUGAGGAUUUAGCUCACUCUUCUAUCAGAUUUGGCAUUGGCCGUUUCACUACAGAGGAGGAAGUGGACUACACAGUAGAGAAGUGCAUUCACCAUGUGAAGCGUCUUCGAGAAAUGAGCUAUGUAUUCACACUGCCAGAAACCAACCUUUGA